AUGCCUUCAGCCGAUUCCUCUGGCGCUCAGCAUUCCACCCCCUCCGCCCAAGAUUGGCGCAAGCACCAGCCAAUCAUCUACAACCUUUACAUCCAUCAACGCCUCCCUUUAAAGGAGAUGCGUGAGUACCUCCAACAAGAAUACUCAUUCGACGUCAGUAUAUCGCAGUACAAGCGGAAGCUUAAAGAAUGGCGAUACUCGAAGAAUCUCAAAGCUUCGACCUGCAAAGCGCUCGGUGAUAGCUUGGAACGGCGAGGUUUGUCUGGCUCAAAUGUUGUCACGUCGGUGAAUGGUGUGACGCUGAGCCCCAGGAAGUUGCAGAGGGCUCUAAGGAGACAUUAUAUACCAACCUUGCAGCGGAAGUUCGGAUUGGAGGAAAAGACAACCACUCCCGAAGGGGUAUCUAUCCGAAGAUCCCUUGUGGACUCUCUCUCGCUCUCGAACAUCAGGCUUCCCGCACUUUCGUGGCUUCAGCAAGCACAAGAGUCCGCAGCAGCGUUGCAAGGCGCCACCCCAGUGCCGUCUUCCCACACGCAGUUACCACAAUCCCAUUUACCGGAGACCAAUAAAGUUUCAAACGAACUUCUUAUGGUCGAUGUUCAAUCUAUACUUUUAGGCGACGUCAGGCCAGAAGCGAUUGCUAGAACGCAGCGGGAAGCGGCCGCCUCAAGAAUCCUCAACCAUCUUCCCAGAGUGGAGCCUGACUCUGUAGGCCAGAACUUCAAUGCUCUAAUCCACCAAGCCGGAAGCAUCAACUUGUAUUCACUUACCAGCUUUGUCAUAUAUCUCUGUGCAAAUAAUCAUCUGGAUGACGCUCAUUUUGACCACUUCAUGGUUCACAUAUUACCUCAAGGUAACCUGGAUGUGCUCAAGCAUUUGGCUCACUCGAAAUCAGCGUGUGCUUGGAAAUUCGAAGAGCGGCUCCUGGUCUAUGCGGCACGGACUGAUAGGUAUGAUUUGGUAGAUCUCCUAAAGAAUCAGUGGGCAGUGGGCAGUAUAUCAACACCGAGAACCAAAUGGCUCCUGGAGAGGAUGCUAUUUACCGCCAUGGAAAAAGGUCAUGAAACAUUCGUCUUGACCCUUUUGGAAGAAAAGAUUGGAAACAACAAGGGUCGAAUCAUUGACGUGAUUACUUCAAUCAGUCAAGAACUUCUGAAACAGGCAGCGCAAUUUCUACCCGGUGCAUUUCGAUUUAUUUUGAACUCAAUGUCCACCAUCGGAAAGGCUCAAGUGCUGCCGUUAGCCGUCAAAGCUGGGUUGUCAAUUGAGGGUGUCUCUUUACUCAUACACAAAGGUGCUGACGUUGAUGCAACGGAUGAUGAGGGAUGUACAGCUCUAUGCUACAGUGCUCGCAGUGGAAAUUUCGGGUUGACGCAGCUUCUGUUGCGAAAUGGCGCCUCUCCCGAAGGAGGGGGAAGCGACUCGCUUGAUCAAUCGCCGAAAUCCCAGUGUAUCCCUCCAUUAUUUUUUGCCGCUGAAUUUGGUCACACGGACAUCUGCGAGCUGUUGUUGCGGGCGGGUGCGGACGUGGAGUCUAGUUGGCACCGUCCUCAUAAGGACAGUCACCGACAUCAGAGAACCUUAGCGGCACUCCGUGGCUUCAGAAAUGCAGGCGAGGUGGCCAUACGGGACGAUCAUAUCAGCGUCUUGGAAUGCCUCGUCACGCAUGGCGCCUUUGUGUCCAGCCGUGGGAGGGGUUAUGCACCACUCCAUCUUGCAGCAGAUUCAGGCUCCUUCUACUCUGUUGGGCUUCUGAUUCGGUGCGGAGCAGACAUUCACGAAUACUGUACCAGCGGGAUUACCAGAACCGCGUUGCAAGCGGCGUGUUUCGCACGAAACAAACAAUGCGCAUCUUUUUUGAUCGGCGCCGGUGCCAGGAUCAAUGAUCCUGCCAUGGGAUUUGAGGGGAAGACGGCACUGCAACAUGCGGCAUGGCGCGGAGACGAAGGUCUCGUGAAAUACUUGUUGGAGUUGGGUGCCAAUGUCAAUGCACCUUGCGCACCAGAUCAUGGGGUCUCAGCUUUGCAAGCAGCAGUUUACAGCAGAAAUGAAACCCUGGUUGGAAUUCUCCUGGCCUGGGGAGCAGACGUGAACGGGAACAUUUCUCAGAAGAAUGGACAAAGCGCAAUAGUGGCUGCGGUUGAAGCAGGUUCAGAGUCUGUGUUCCGGACCUUGGUAAAGGCCGGUGCAGACCUGUCUCCCGUCAAGAGGGACAGCCGCACUUACUGUUGCCCAUUCAUCAAAGCGGCACAAGAAAAUUCCGAAGAUUUCGUCCGGCGCUUGCUUGAUCUCGACAUCGACAUCGAUGCUCGCCUGGACUCUGGCUACUCCAUCGCCGAGGAAGCGAUACGGUCAUCGGGUGCCGAAAGUUGGAGAGUUGUAGGGACUAUUCUCGAGCACAGCCCUGCCAUCAGGCUUUCCCGUUGCCAGGGUCGAACACUCUUCAUUGACAUGUGGGACGGCAUUGAUCUGAGCUUCCUUCGUAUACUUGUCCACAGGGGGUUUGAUAUCAAUAAAGAUUUUGUCGGCGAUCAUUUUGGUAAGCGCAGGCAUGGUGGAAUGUUCCACCCGAAGCGGAUGGCAUCGGCGAUAUACAGAUCGUUCUUGCAAAAAGCAUGCGCAAAGGGAAAUUUGGGGACUGUCGAGUAUCUUCUGUCAGCAGGUGCUGAUCCCAACUCUCUUCCCUCGGUUUAUUUCGAUCCAGUGGCUUUCGCAGCGAGCGGGACAGCUCUCCAGUUGGCAACGAUGGGAAGACACACCCAUCUCAUCAAGACACUGCUUCGCCAUGGAGCAGACAUCAACGCGCCUCCUGCUGAAUUCUUUGGACGUACAGCUUUACAAGCCGCCAGUCAAGCUGGAGAUCUAAAACUCGUGGAAAUGCUGCUCGACCAUGGGGCGAAUGCCAAUACACCAGCCUCCAAAUGGGCGGGAGUCACUGCUCUUCAAGGCGCCGCCAUCGAGGGUUACGUACGAAUUGUGCAGACGCUGCUUGCUGCCGGCGCAGAUGUCGGAGCCCCCGGAGCAAGGGAAGAUGGUAGAACUGCUGUCAAUGGCGCAGCUGAAUGGGGACGAUUAGACAUGGUCAAGCUCUUGCUCGAUCAUCAUCCACUUCAAGACGGCGAAUCGCUCUCUGGGAUUUGCGAGCAGGCUGCCGAGUAUGCCAGGACAGGACCUCACUGGGCUGUUGUGGAGCUUUUAGAAACCUACGAGAGAAUGCCGGGGUCUCCUUGA